AUGGCAACUUCAAAAUCCAGUUUCCUCUUCCUAGUUUUCUUGGUUAGCAAUGGAAUAACACUCAGCUUAAGUGUCACAUGCCAGCCAAAAGAAGCUGCGUUAUUUGUAUUUGGAGAUUCAAUAUUUGAUGCUGGAAACAAUAAUUACAUCAAUACCACUGCUGAUAACUACGCAAAUUUCUUUCCAUACGGGGAAACCUUCUUCAACUAUCCAACAGGCAGAUUUUCUGAUGGUCGCAUCAUUCCAGAUUUCGUAGCUGAGUAUGCUAAGUUGCCUCUAAUCCAACCCUAUCUGUUCCCUGGUAAUCAACGAUACGUUGAUGGAGUCAAUUUUGCAUCUGCAGGAGCAGGGGCUUUGGUUGAAACCCAUCAAGGACUGGUGAUAGAUCUUAAAACUCAACUAAGUUACUUCAAUAGAGUCAGCAAGGUGUUGAGGCAGGAAGUGGGAGAUGCAGAAACCACAACCCUGCUGGCCAAAGCUGUCUUCUUGAUUAACAUCGGAAGCAAUGAUUAUGAAAUCUACCUCACACAAAAAUAUAGUGUCAUUACUCCAGAGAAAUAUGUAAAUAUGGUAGUCGGUAAUCUUUCAACAGUGAUAAAGGGGAUACACAAGGCAGGAGGGAGGAAAUUUGGGGUUCUCAAUCAGCCAGCUAUGGGUUGUGUUCCAUUCGUUAAGGCUCUUAUGAAUGAAUCUAAAGGCUGCGUGGAAGAAGCUUCAGCACUAGCCCAACUGCAUAAUAAGGUUCUUUCAGUGGAGCUUGACAAGUUAAAGAAACAACUUACAGAAUUUAAAUAUUCAUACGUGGAUUUCUUUGAUUUAUCAUUAGACCUUAUAAGCAACCCUUCAAAAUAUGGUUUUAAAGAAGGCGAUGUGGCAUGCUGUGGCAGCGGGCCUUACAAUGGAUAUUUCAGCUGUGGAGGGAAAGGAACAUUGAAAGAUUACAACUUGUGUGUGAAUCCUAGCGAGUAUGUGUUCUUUGACUCAGUUCAUCCCUCUGAAAGGGCUCAUCAAGUUAUUUCCCAGUUCAUGUGGAGCGGCAACUCAAGCAUUGCAGGCCCUUACAAUCUUAAAAUUCUAUUUCAACUAUAA